AUGCCCGUUUUCCAUCGAGAAACCUCCGUUUCGGCUGCCACUGAGAAUAUUUCGGCUGCUAGCAACGAUAAGGGGAGUCUGUUGAUGAAGUUUCUUCUCUUGGGAGGGCUUGCCCUUGCGGCGACGGUAGCGGCCAAAAAGUGGUUCUAUCCGUACACUAUUGAAGAUCUGGACGGUCGAGUGAGGUAUAUUGAUACGCUCAUCAAGAAUAACAUGAGCCUCCGGUGGAAUAUACUUGGGAAAGCUGGACCUGGUUUUAGACGAAUACUGGAGAAACGUAAUGAUGAAGUACGUCUAAUCAAGACGAACAUGAACACGGAACCCGAUAGGACAAAGAUUGUGGCGUGGAUGACUUUCAAGUGGUCUCAGUUGCACGAAAUCAAAGCGUGCUACUUGAGGCUGCGAGAGCUGGAGUUGGACGUGACGGUCGAGAUAGAAGAGCGAAUGCGGAGCUUACGUGGGAGCCAAAACCCGCUGCUCGCGUCACCGGGGCCACGAGCCAACUGA